UGCGGAGACAGAGAGGCCACAAGUGGUGGUCUUGGAAAAAAAAAAAAAAAAGAAGUAAAAAACAGUAGGAAGAAAAUUAUGGGGAAGCGAUCACUCUCAAUUGCUCUCUGAUCUCUGCCUUCCUUUGUUAGGCCUACAAAACUAUUGAGUCAGACGCAUAAUAAUUCACUACACUUUCAUAGAAAGAGAGCGAGAGACGUACAUGGAAACGCCAGGAACUGCAUUUAAGAGAAGAGAACAGCCUCCAAAGAGAAGAAAGAAGAAGAAGAUUUAAGAAAUCUCCGGUUUAAUCGAGCUUGAAACAGUUUGCUUUAUUAUGGUUUGAUCGAUUGAUGGAUUUUAGGCCUGGCCUGUACGUGUAUCAAUAUAUUUCUUUGGUUUAUAUGAUUGCGGGCUUCUUGGUGCGUCUUGUGAUUACUGAAAACCAGUGGUUUUUAUAGGCUCAGUUAGGUUAAUGCAUCGUUUUUUUCCAAGUUCUGUUUGGAUAUCCUGUGUGUUGUAGCUUAUCUACACAAUCGGAUGGAAGAACUGUAGUUAAGAUGGAGUUCAUUAGAUUGAUAGAUUUUAGCAGCCUCUGCUAGUAAAGAUUCUAAGUUUUUUGUUCUUAAUGUUACAGAAAAUAGGAAGACUGAAAUACAAUCUGUUCAUUGCAAAUAUGGCGGUGGAUUCUGGUGUUUUUUAUUGAUUGGGAUCUAAGAAAAGAGCGCACAAGUGUGGAUACGGUAACACAGAGAAUCUUCUAAUUUUUUAAGGACAAUACUAAAAUCUAGCCAGGGAUGGGAUUGCCUCAAGUUUCCUCCGGCAGCUUUGCUGAGGAAGUGGCAGGAUCUCUCCACCCCGGAUUGUUGGUGUAAGCAGUUGUGAUUUGAGUGGGAUGCAGGGAGUAAAUCUCAGUAAUAGAAUGCAGUUUGAUUUUCAAUGCUCUUCUUCUGGGGAUAUCCAAAAGAAAACAAUUAUGGAUCAUAAGAAUGUUUGGUUAAUGCACAGAAGUGGACAGAAUAUUCAGAGAGUUAUUCCUAGGAUCAUGGGUUUUGAAUCAAGGGGUUUGAAUUCUCCUGUUAAUUUAUUUAAUGGAAACGAAUCUGUGUCUACUGCAGUUAGUAGCACAAAUGAUGCAAUUGACUACACUGGGUCACUAGUCAGGAAGUGGUUAUUAUCUCCUUUGAGUGGAGUGUUGCUCCUAGAUCAAUUUAAUGGCGAUUCCCUAGACAUUGGUGACAGCACUUACAAGAGUAACUUCUUUAGUGGCAAAGACAAUUAUAGAGUUUCUGCGUCACAAGAGCAUAAGAAAGCUCAUAUCGGCAGCUCUAAUAAUUUUUAUUCUCCAAACUGGUGUACCACUUAUCUUCCAGGGUGGAAGAAUUUGAUGGAUGAUAAUUAUGGGGCAAACUCCAUUUUCUUCAUUCAUAGACCUAUGCUAGAUGACAAAGAGAUUACUUCUCACAAUCAAGUUUUUUCACUGCCUGGACUUAUUAAUUCUGGAGAAACAACAAAGGUAAGGUGCCAAAGUGGGACAAUUGCAAUACCUGUAAAAAAGGCAGGAUCAUCCCCCCUGUCAUUGUCUCCUCUUGGUCCAAAACUUUCUGAAAGAAUAAAUUCUGCAGGAUUGUGCAGCAAUGUCUCAAAAAAGUUAAAAGAUGAUUACUUGACCUUCAAGGACAUAGAACAGUCGCUUGAUGGAACUUUCCCUGGCAGUUUAUCUUCCCAGAAGCAUGAUGACUCUAGGAUGGUACAUAAAUCGUUGCAAGAUUUUGAUAAUUUGCGCAAAAAUUUUGAUGCCAUUACUACAGAAAUUACUACUGAUGUGGUGCAAUCAUGGGGUGAGGAUUCAAACCCUACUCUUCCAUGUAUCAAAUUGAGUAGAACUUUCAGUGGAUUGUCUGUUAGAAGGUCCUUGGUUGGUUCAUUUGAGGAGUCCCUUUUAUCGGGUCGGUUAUUAUCUGGUAAAGCUAGUCAGAGGAUUGAUGGGUUCCUUGCUGUUCUUAAUGUUACUGGAGGAAAUUUCUCACCACAGUCACAGAAACUUCCCUUUACAGUAACUAGUGUAGAUGGUGAUAACUACUUGUUAUACUAUGCAUCAAUAGAUCUAGCAGGUGAUAUGCCAUCAAAUAAAGGUAGUGAAAAAAUGAGAAGGAGCCUAAGCAUUGAUGAUCCACAGGCAGAACAAACCAGGCUGCGGAUUCCUAUGAAAGGGCAAAUACAGUUGGUUCUUAGUAAUCCAGAAAAGACACCUAUUCACACUUUCUUUUGCAACUAUGAUUUAAGUGACAUGCCAGCUGGUACUGAGACAUUUUUGCGCCAAAAGAUCACCUUAUUCUCGUCUGGACUGACUGGGAGGAAGACAGAUCAUGACAUAAAAAGUGAAGUCAAGCAAUCUUCAACCCCAGACAGUAAUCAUUCUUCAACUUGUGGGAUGGAGACUUCCGAUUUAAAGGGAGAUGAUGCUGAUCAUACAAUAAGAUCUCUCAACCACGUUAGUAAAUGUAUAAAUAUUGGUUUGGAGGUCAAUAGUCCUCCAAAUUCAACCAGUGCAUUUGUAAGCAAAUCUGUAUAUAGCCCUUCUAAAGCCAAUGAAAACACUGCUGGAGCCGGUGUUCUGCGUUAUGCUCUUCAUCUCUGGUUUUUGUGCCCUUUUCCCAAGAAAAGUCCAAGGUCAGUCCGGAGGUGCAAAUCUGACCCUUUAUCUGCGCCUGCAAGGAACAAGGUGGACAUAGAAGGGGAUCGCCGCUUCUACUUGUACAGCAAAAUGAAGGUGGUGUUCCUACAGCGCCAUUCAGAUGCUGAUGAAGGAAAGCUAUAUGUAGAAUAUGAUUAUCCAUCGGACCCCAAGUACUUCAACAUUUAAAAGGUAUCCUCGCAAUUUAAAGUUGGUUGUACAACUCUUGUAGAAUUGUACAUACAGUUUGCUGUCAUCUUUGAUGGGGCAGAAGCCCAAAUUUUAUUUGUACAUAUUUUUCAUUUUUUUAAUAUAAAAUCAGAUGAUUUAAUUUGGUAA